AUGUUCACUUACUCUCAAACAGUUCGAUCAGGUCUAAACCGAUGUUUGCGACAAUCCCACGAAGAGCAUAUCGAGAAUCGGUACAAUGCGCAAUACAUCUUGUCAGCGGAGUUCGACAACAAGCUUGGUCCUGUCCUCGGGCACCAGUAUCCUAGUUCGGUUCCCGGCUUUAGAUCACGCUCCAACCUCAAGAAUACAUCCACCAAUCUGGCGAGCUUAAUGAUCCCAAAUAAUGCGGAAGACUUCCCCGAGCGUGCAGAUUUCACAACGUUUAUUCUCUACAGGGACAAGUACACUCGGAAUUAUCAACUUUUCCCCAUAAUGAAAUCUGUUGCACAGCAGACCAAUGCUAACACGCUCGAUAUUUUGAAAGAGGAGGAGUCGCCUAAUGACAGGGCACACCAUAACGAUCUCGACGGAACCACCGAGCCACCUUUGUUUUUUAUUAACGUUGUGAACACUCUAAGAGACGAAAACAAUGACCGUGGAGCAGUUAUAAAGUCAAUUGCGAUAGGAACAACGCUACCUAAUUUUUUAAUAUUCAAACCCUUGUUGACAAUGGUUCUGAACUUAUACAUGAGGUCUAAUGAUAAUAUUCAAAUUCUUAUCGAUUGUUUUAAGAUGAUCAAUAGCCUGGAUCUGUCACUGGCAAGAAAUAUAAUGUCAAAUCGCUCUCUCCAGAUGAUGCUGACCUCCAUCAAUGAUGAGCGUAUCCUAUCGCAGGUGUUUGAUACAAAAACUACCAUUCUGCCGAGACUGCUCCGCCUAAACGCUCUGCCGGAAACUGAUUCAUAUGGUAAUCGUAUAGCAUUCAAGCGUCAUCUUCUGGAGUACCAAUUUACUAAGUAUUGCCCCAGAGUUCUUCCCGCUGCAUUUUCCAAGAUAUCCCUUCAAAUGGACAUCAUAAACCAUGACCCUAUAAAGGUCAAUAUUAAUUAUAACGACCACGUUUUGAAGUUUCUUUCGAAAUUCACCUUAGAAUUGAAACAAUUACCUCGAUCCCAGUUUGCAUGGAAACUUCUUAUCAAUUCUACUAGGUUAUCAAAAGAUACUCUUUGCCAGUUCGUCAUAUCUCUUUCAAAUUUCAUCAAACAUUUUGACUGUCACUAUUUCGGCAAUGCCCAAGUGAUCAUAUUUCCUUACAUGGACAUUUCAUUUAUUGACAAACUCAAAGAACAAUUAUCAGCAUCAGGAAACCAGCGAACUUUCACCAUUGUCGGCGUUAGCAACCCCAUCUUUGAAUGUUAUAAAGAUGUAUGGGAUUUUUACUACGAUAUAGACACCGAAAACUUACAAACGCAGUGUUCCAAAUCGUGCCCCACCACGAUGUCACCUAACAACUCUCAAGAGAGUCUUAAGGGCUCGAAAGUACGGAAACUUUUUCAAAAGCGUACAUCUUUGUUGACCCUGACACCCGAACAGGAACAGAAAAUCAGCCUCACCUCCAAAAUGAUAGGAUAUUUAGUACAGGGACAGCAUGAUAAUGAAACAAUAUUGAGCGUCUUCAAAAGAAUCAACAUACUGCAGAUAUUGAGCCUAGUUUCUAACCUUGAUAGUUGCUCACAAAACAGCACCGAACUGAGCCUCAAAGAUGAAUACGUCGUCGCUUAUCGAGAUUUCACAAUUUUUCCAGAAUUUUUUGAGUAUGGCACUCUAAAGUUAAUACGAUGCUUUGACAACUUAGAGCAAGAUCUUAAUUUCCUUUUAUUUGACGGUAAAGAUCGCUUUGAAGGUCACCAGCUCAACGCACUAGAGAGGAUCUUUGCGUAUUUGAAAUACUUUCAUAAAUGUACCUCCUCAGGAAUUGCUAAUCUCGAAAAGUUCAUCAACAUCGGGCUGAAUUUCCCGUUAAAACUUACACGAGAUGGGGAAUGUUUAUCUACCAAGGAUUUUGGGAGCACUGAUCUUCACCAUCUCUUUGAAGAUCUGAAAGGAUCAAAUUCAUUAGAGGGUCUGUGUUCCUACCAUAACAAUGCUGUGGACUAUUUUGUUACAAAGCGUUUCCUGAAUCUCAUUUUUUUGCCUCUCCUGCUAGACUCAAGAGCCGAAUGCUCACCUGAAUUUGUCAACGACCUUUGUGUACGUGGCAGUUUAGAAGAGGCAAGUCUUGGCCCACGCCGUUUGGUGCAUUCAGAUAGAUGGAGCUCACCGAUUUCAAGCACGUACAACGGUAGCAGUCUAUUCCAAGAUUCCAACACAGAUGACACUGGAAGCCGACGGUCAUCCUCAAAAAAAGGCAGCAAUGGUCAGAUCAGUUCUUCAGAAGCUGGCCUCAUCGUACCAAAAAUAAAAAAGAUAUGCAUCCUACUUAUUCGCAGGCUGCGCAAGCAUCCAGUAGGAAAUCUUGUCCUUGAACAAGAUCUCAAUCCAAUGUUCAAAUACGUUCAUGAAAUCCUUGAAGAAGAACUCACCGUGAAAAAGAGAAGCUAUCACGAAAAGAGAAUAAGUUUACUGAAUUCAACAAGACCGAGUCAGGAGUCUUCAAUGACCGUAUCUCCCAGCAGACAGGAACUUCUGAAAGAUCUCGAUGCUAUCUCUCAGCAGCAAGGCAACAUCAAAUACAACACGAAAUCAACUCGGGGUGAACCAGCGAGAGCAUCGCUUUUAGAAAGCUUGAAUCAGCUCACCGUUAACUACGAGCGGGUAAAUGAUUGA